AUGCCCUAUCCAUGCCCUAUCCAUGCCCUAUCCAUGCCCUAUCCAUGCCCUAUCCAUGCCCUAUCCAUGCCCUAUCCAUGCCCUAUCCAUGCCCUAUCCAUGCCCUAUCCAUGCCCUAUCCAUGCCCUAUCCAUGCCCUAUCCAUGCCUGCAUGCCAUGCCCUAUCCAUGCCCUAUCCAUGCCCUAUCCAUGCCAUGCCCUAUCCAUGCCCUAUCCAUGCCCUAUCCAUGCCCUAUCCAUGCCCUAUCCAUGCCCUAUCCAUGCCCUAUCCGUGCCCUAUCCAUGCCCUAUCCAUGCCCUAUCCAUGCCCUAUCCAUGCCCUAUCCAUGCCCUAUCCAUGCCCUAUCCAUGCCCUAUCCAUGCCCUAUCCAUGCCCUAUCCAUGCCUGCAUGCCAUGCCCUAUCCAUGCCCUAUCCAUGCCCUAUCCAUGCCCUAUCCAUGCCCUAUCCAUGCCCUAUCCAUGCCCUAUCCAUGCCCUAUCCAUGCCCUAUCCAUGCCCUAUCCAUGCCCUAUCCAUGCCCUAUCCAUGCCUGCAUGCCAUGCCAUCUAGACAUACAGCCUGGAAUGUGUGCAUCGUUAUCGAUCUCGCCCCACUCUCCCCUGGCUACGUGA